UGUUCUUUACCCCCGUUAUGUUUAAUUGUUCUUGUUAAUAGAUACCUUUGCACCAGUAUAAUAAGAUUUCUAUCCAUUCCCAAGUCGCCGGUUCUAACGAUUACAAGAUCAUGUUGAAACUCGCAGCAUAUCUCGUGCUACUUGCUAUCGCACUAUCCCUGUACCUGAGUUCUCCAGAUGAAAUAAAAGUACCAACUUUGCCAGAGACCAACUGGGGAUUGAGAAAGGAUGGAAAAGAGUCUACUGAAAUAAGGCCUUUCAAAAUUGAUGUUCCAGAAUCAGUCAUAGUGGACUUGAAGUAUCGUCUUUCACACAGAAGAACUUAUACAAAUCCAUUGGAAGAUGUCGCAUGGACGUAUGGUAUUUCCACCAAGUACCUCAAUACAAUACUUGAUUACUGGAAAGAUAAAUACAAUUGGACUGAGAGACAAGCUUUGUUGAACAAAUAUCCUCAGUUCAAAACAAACAUUCAAGGUCUGGAUAUACACUUUCUUCAUGUCCAACCAACAAAUCUUCCAAAGAACAGAAAGUUAAAAGUUCUGCCUUUGCUGCUGGUACAUGGAUGGCCUGGAUCUAUUGUGGAAUUUCAGAAAAUACUACCCAUGUUAACAAAUCCAUCACCCAACCAUGAUUUUGUAUUCGAAGUGAUCGCGCCCUCUCUUCCUGGAUAUGGAUUUUCUGAUGGAGCCGUUCGACCAGGAAUGGCAACUGCUCAGAUAGCAGUAGUCUUUAAGAACUUGAUGCAGAGACUUGGCUUUGAAAAGUUUUAUGUUCAAGGAGGAGAUUGGGGAUCUCUUAUCGCCUCCAACAUGGCUGCCCUUUAUCCAGAAAAAGUGACUGGUGUACAUAGCAAUAUGUGUAGUGGUACUUUUGGACCGAAGACGUUGUUUUGGUCUGUAAUCGGCUCUUAUUUCCCGUCUUUAGUAGGCGAAACCGAACAUUACUCGAAAUUCUAUCCAAUUGGUAAAGUUUUACAAAAGAUAAUCGAGGAAAGUGGAUAUUUUCACAUACAAGCUACAAAACCAGACACAGUAGGAGUUGGACUUUCAAAUGCACCAGAUGGUCUGGCAGCAUACAUUUUGGAGAAAUUCAGCACCUGGACAAAUCCUGCAUAUAAGGAACGAGAUGAUGGUGGAUUAUUGGAAAAAUUCACGUUAGACGAACUCUUAGAUAACAUAAUGGUGUAUUGGGUAACCAAUAGCAUUACCACAAGUGUGCGUCUCUAUGCUGAGAAUUUUAGUUCAUCUUACAGAGCUUUAAAAAUCGAUGAGCUACCUAUAAAAGUACCUACAGGUUGUGCAGCCUUCCCAAACGAGUUACUACUCUCACCUCAAUCUCUACUUAAAGAUAGAUAUCCCUCUCUAAUUCAGUAUACCUACUUAUCACGUGGAGGUCACUUCGCAGCAUUCGAAGAACCUCGUCUUUUAGCCGAUGAUGUGUUCAGUUUUGUUACAAAAGCAGAAGAAAUGAACAAGGAUAAUAAAGCACAUAAGUAGGAAUCCGAGUAUCGGUUCUGGUACAAAGUGCUGUGUUGAUAUAUGUUUUUUAAGUACUUUAAUAAAUUGUACUAUGUUUCAUAUUAAAUAUAAAAGAAAAGUCAGAA